AGGGUACAUGAAAGCGAGGCUUGGUUUCCAGGAAGGAGCUGACAGAGUGGCAUCGUGGGAGAAUCCAGUGUGAAGUCAGAGCAGUUGAAGAGGGAACUGCUUUUCAGUACCAUCAGAAAAUGUCAGAAGAUUUAAAGAAAAGAUUAGCGUUUCCAAACUCUCUUAUUCAGACUCAGGCUGUCGGUCAUUUAAUAGCUUCUGUGCUUAAAGAAAAUGUUUUCUCAGACGUUAUAAGGCAAUCGUCAAAUCAGACUCCUGCCCUAAAUGUUCUCUGGGAAAAAUGCUGCUGUGAUGAUGUGGUUGUGAGGACAGCAUGUUGUGAAGCCUUGGUGACACUGGUAGAGCAGAAACAUGCAGACUUCACCUAUGUCUUCAAUGGGAUUCUGAACCUCUUCCCUUCCGCAAAAAAUGUCCAGGGAUUGGUCAAAUGCAUUUGGCGACUGCUUCACCGUGAAGCAAAGACUGCAGAGAAAAGCAAGGAUCACAUACAGAAAAGCAUUUACAAGAUCUGGAAUCCUCCUCAUCCAUUCAUCGGUAUGUUGGAAAACAGACCUGAUUGCUGGCCUGCCUUCCUGCAGCAGAUGUCUACUAUCUCUUCACAGUGUUCAGAUCGGGAGCAGCCCUCCAGUGUUUAUAUUUUAACACCGUUUCUGAGGUAUUUGUAUUGUGAGCCAUCACAACUACAAGAGUACUCUACCUUCCGACUGGGAAUCUGGAAAGCCCUUCUACAAUCAAAUAGUGGUUGUAGCACUCAGAGACCCUCAGAAUUAGAAGAGGAAAUCCUCCGCCUGUUCCUUGAGAUGAUAAGCUACAUGCAACUUGCAGACUGGACCCAGAUCACAGAGGUGACCAUGUACAUGAAGGAUGUGUGUGCCAGCUUCCAGCUACAUUCUGAUUUCUUUAAAAAAGAGCUCUAUCUGUUAUCUCUUCAAAUCCUGUGUGCAUGUGAGGUCAGUUUGAAGAUCACAGGAGACUGCUCGACACUCAUGAACAUGCUGGAACAAAACUUGGACCUGCUGAAAGAUAGUUUUCCAAUAGAGCAGACUUUAGUUGGGCUCAGUCUGCUUUUACUACAGGCUCCUACCAGUCAGCAAAGACAGAUGAUGAAACUAGCUCUUAAAAUUUUGGAAACACCAGCAGAAAAGAAAAUGGUACCCCUAGCCCAACUGUUAGUCAUGCCAGUAUUGCUGGUAGUUUCAUCUUCAGGCUUGGCAGACUGCUUCAGUGUGAAGGAUGGAGCAUCUUCUUUACAGCAACUGGCCCUAACAAUCUUGGAAACAAUUCAAAACGUAGACCACAUGGAGAUGGCAACAGAGAAACUGGCCGUAGAGAUGCUGUCUUUGCCUGUAUCAAGUUGGCACUAUACAAUAACUGUUACAUUGACCAUGUUAAAGAAAUUUAAAGAAGAUGGUAGUGCUUCCUUUGACUGGUUGUCCUCUUUGUCAUCAAUAUUGCCAUUCACUACAUGUGUUCCUGCGCAUAUAUCACUGUUGCUGGGAUAUCUUCUCAUUCAAGAGUCAGGACACAGUCUGAGAAAAGCACUUAUAGUCACCAGUGAUGUUGCCAAGGCUGACUCUUCUCAGGUUCCUUACUUGGUGGCAGUUUUGAUGUUUAGACUUGGACACCCAUUAGAGCCUGAUUUAUUACGAGAAAUUUUGUACACUCUUCCUACGCUGGCGACACACAAGGUAUGUGUGCCUCAGAUCCUUCGAUCCUUGCAGAUGAUUGGCAGCACAUCAAAGCUUCAACCAGUUGUCAUGCGCCUUAUGACAACUUUGUGGGAGAAACAGGACAGAGUCUAUCCAGAGCUCCAGAAGCUAAUUGCUGUUGCUGAUUCCCAGUGUUUAUCAACUGGCAAAGAAACCCAGUGGGAGAAAACUGUUGCAAAAGCGGCAACUAUCCGAGAUAUAUGCAGGCAGAGGCCUUACCAACAUGGGGCAGACAUGCUCGCUGCUAUCACUCAAGUUUUGAAUGAAUGCCCAAAACCUGACCAAGCCACUCCUGUUGCUUUGGUAAUGCAGGGCCUCCUUGCUCUCUGCCAAGCUGAGGUAGUGGAUAUUCGUUCUACCUGGAAUGCUUUAUCUCCUAAGCUCGCAUGUGAGAAGCGCCUUCAUGUUCUUAAAGUAUUACAUGAACUAUUUGCCUUGGUUCCCUCUUUAAUUGUUAACACUGAAGACUAUGAGAAGUUCAAAGCUGAAGUUAUCAGCAUUCUUUGGGGUCACACUCAGAGUAAGGAUGUCGUUGUGUCCUCUUCAGCAUACAAGUCCCUGUGCCAAUUUAACUCUGAUGAACACAGUAUCCUUCAUCUGCCUGAGAAGGCUAGGCCAGAGAUAAUCCCACCAGAUGAGUCUGAUAUGGCUGGAGAGGAAGAGGAAAAGGAAGUGGACCUUUCCGUACCUGGUUCCUCAUAUAUAAAACUGUUGGCACUAACUCCUUCACCUGUAUUGCCAGCAUAUGAAGAGUUCCUCUCGUCUCUGGUGAAGCAAGAAAUGAGCCAUAUGCCUCGUGGCAUAUACCAUACUGCCCUCCGUGGUGGAACUAUGCGAUUUGACCAGGGCAAAGCAGUUGCCGGAAUUCCUAGCUUUAUGCUGAAGAUGUAUGAGAAGAACAGACAGCCUGGUCUAAAACCAGGACUUGCAGCCGGCAUGCUGCUGUGCUAUGACCUGCCUGUUCAGACGGACAGAGAUGGCAGACCUAUCAAUCGCUUCCUUGCCAGCAGGGGCCGCAGUUACCAGCAGAUGUUAACAGCCCUUAUACAUGAGGUAAAUAUCCAGUCCUCGGAAUGGCAUCGCUCUAUUCUGUUCCCUCAGUCAUGGCUUGGCUUCAUGGGAAGGACAUAUCAUGCUGUGCUUCAGGGUAGGCAGGCUGAGCUAGAGAUGCAGCUGAAACAUGGAAAGGACGACCCACAAGAACUCCAGUAUAAAGCACACACAGCAUGGCUCUGGGUAAGAGAUAUGCUGACUGAUAUAAUAAGAUCUUCUAUCAAAGACAGCCCUGUGGUGAAGGGCAAUGCACUCCUAGCUCUCACUGGCCUAGCUGUUACUGUCUCCAAAUAUGAAAGUAGUCUUCCAUCAGAACCCGAAGGUGCCCCCGAGAUUGGACCUGAAAUCCUUCCAACCCAAGCUUGGAUUUGUAUGCUGCUGGACACUCUUCUUAGUAUUGUCAGCAGUCAUUAUUAUCCCAAGGGCAGAAUCUUUCCGUGGUUCCAACAGAAAUCCUAUUCUGGGGAGAACACAGCCAGUGUCAUUGCCCGCUCCUGUGCUGCCACAGCCCUUUCUCUGCUUGUCCCAGUGCUUGUUGUAUCUUUUAAGGAGAAGGUGCAGGAAAUUCUCAGCAUCCUGACAGCCAGAUUACCUGGAAGGCCAGAGGCAGAUGAGUCGCAGGCUCUCCAAGUUCAUAUGGGACUGGCACUGGGAAUGUUCAUCUCUCGUUUAUGUGAAGAGAAAGUCAGUGACACUUCUGGUCAGCAAAUGAAUUUAGUAAUCAUGAAAUCUUUGGAUGUUUUGGAAAGCUGCUGUUUUGAUGCCAGCCAGGAUUAUAACAUUGGCUGCAUUCUUGGAGUGGGCCUCGUUCUUUGCUUCAUGAGUCAGAGCAGCCAGACAGACAAUCAUGUCCAUGUCUCAGCCACACUCCGUAAGAUGUCUGAAUGUCUGGAGAACAGUGGUGACCAGAGCCGAGCUGUACAAGAGGUGCUGUCAUACUCUGUUGCCUGUGUCUCAGUGUCAGCUUUUAGUGCUGGAAUUGUUGGUGCAGAUGAAUCUGAGGAACACAUGAAUAAAUUAAGAACACUGACUGAACAGAACCAGCAGACAUCUGGUUUAGCUCUUGCGCUGGGAGCUAUUGUUCAUGGCUUGUCUGUAUGUGGUCAUGGGAAGGCAGAGGACCUGAACAACCGUUUGCUACCUGCCUGGAUUAAGAUCCUACUUGCAGAGGGCUGUCCUACUAUGCAACGCUUAGCUGCGCUUAAUGGACUUGUGGCAUUGGUAGGCUCUGAAUCUGCUCUUAUACAACUGAAAUCUGAAGCUAUUCAGUCAUCCUUGUUCCAAAGCAAACUUAAUGAAGUCGUCAAAUCAAUUACUCAGAUCAUUACUUUUUCUGGAGUGACUGGCCUGCAGACCAAUGCUGCCUGGAUACUGGGCCACCUUCACUUAUCCAGCCUUUCUUCAUCUCAGAGCAGAACGUCUGUUCCUCCAGAUUUCAGCUACUUGCCUGAAAGAAGCUUAAUACGGGUUAUUGUAGAUUUUCUCAUUUCUGCUGGCAAGAAAGGUCCUGAACUGAUCCCUACUUCUCUGGUCAAGGUGUGCAUGUCUUCAAUCGCUGCAGCAGCUGAUGGAUAUCAGUAUCCUCCUAUCAACUGGGCAUCCAUUCUUGCUCCACUAAUGAGGCUCAAUUUUGGUGAAGAAAUUCAGAAACUAUGUGUGCAGAUAGCAGUGACUCAGGCCGAGUCCUCCCAGAAUGCAGCUGUUCUCCUUGGAAUGUGGCUGGUUCCACCCUUAGUUUACAGUCUUACUGUGCAUACCUGUUCCUACCUGCUUACCUCACUAUCUCUGUGGAUUAAGCAUGUCUCUGAAGAUAAGCUCCAAUCCUUUGCAGAUGUAUUCAUGAUUGCACCGUUUGAGGCACAAAAAAAGACCUACAACAAAGAGAUGUCCAGGAAUAUUCUGCUGGGCCUGACCCAGGCUAUGAAGCUCCCCAACCCCUCUCAGGCCUGCUGGAGUUUUCUGUGCAAAACCACAGAGAGGAUCUAUCAGCUGUUACCAGAUGUCAUCCAGAAAACAAACGUGGACCUGUAUAUUGAAGUUACAAAAUGCAUCUCAGAAAUGGCUGAUAGUGAAAUUGAUCGAAUAACCUGCAUUUCCCAGGUGAAUAUUAGGAAAUCCACAUUUGUGCAAUUAAAUCUGAUUUCUCAGGGACGUCUGCAAUUGUCAUACUUGGGUGAUAUUAUUAAUGUAGCUGCAGAAAACAAGGAGAAGCGUACCAUUAUCUGGAUGUUACUGCAGGCUUUCUAUCAAGCACGCCUUAUAAGCCACCAGAAUACAGGUGUCUUAAAGAGGAUGGAAUGGCUGAUUGACCUCAUUAGUCACAUAAGAAAUAUAGCUUAUCGGUCCACCCCAGUGCACAAUGUUUCACUCAGUGAGGCACUGGACUUUUUUCUGCAAGUUUUUGCAGCAUCUGUAGUGGCUUGGGCUGAUCAUGCAACUCCUUUACUGCUCGGAGUUCAUGGUAGCUGGAUUCCAUGUAAUAAUGAAGCCACACUUACCCCUGGCUGUUUAGCAAACCAAUCCCUGGAUAUUGUGACUGUACAUGAGUGUUUAACUGCCCUUCCAUUAAGUCUACAGUUAUUAUUAGCCAAAGAGCCCUGGAAGGAACACACACAGAAGUUUAUAGACUGGCUGAUGACUCUUCUAGAAAGUCCAGAGGAAGCCUUGUCAAAAUCUUCAAGAACAACAUUGAAAGCUACACUUAUUAACCUAAGGGGCCUUCCAGAGUUCAAAAGGAAAGCAGUGUGGACAAGAGCCUUUGGAUGGUAAUGGAUUCCUUUGUCACAGAACUUUUGGGCCAGGAACAAUGCAGUGGAGGUCUACCAUAAAUGUCUAUAAUGUACAUCUAGUCGGUUUGAGCUAAAUAGCAGUGGAGACUGUUGGAUUUUGCAGUAAAACGUUACAAUGAUUAAACUGUUACACUGACCAAGGACAUAUCUUUUUUUCAUUUCUGGCCAGGAAAACCUUGCUUAUUUAACGGCACGUUUACAUUUUUUUUUCCACAUUGCCUCUGUAGUGUUAUCUCAAAUAUUAGUUUAUUAAAGCAUUUACUACUA